AUGUUCGAGUUGCCGCAGGCAAAGAGGGUCCGACGCGAGGAUCUCAACCGCUCGGGCGACUCGGACUGGAGCGGCAGAGAGAGCGAUGAGAUCGACGCCGAGCUGCAGGCCCUCCUGAACGCCCAGAUCGCGCGGUCACUCGGGUUUGACGUGGAUGCGGCCGUCGGGCCACCAGCAGACCGGCCCGCCGCAGGCUCCAAAGGGCCCUUUGCCGCGUCAGAAGCAGAUGCAAAGGGUCAACCCGAGGGCGCGGGGGGCCACGAUGGGGUCGACGGGGACCAGGACGCCGCCGACCUAGGCGAGUUCGAGUUCAAGCUCUUCAGCACCUCGACGGCGGCGCCCAAGGUCGUGCUGGAGGACGAGAGCGCCGGCCAGGGCGACGGCGACAUCGUCCGCAAGAGACCGGCGCAGUACUACCUCGUCGUGGACGUCCCGCCGGAGCGCAGGAAGGAAUACGAGCUGGCCGCCGUGAGCGGCGAGGACGUGCUCGCGCGCUCCCGGCAGCGGUCUUGGGGUCUCGAGAUGCCCUGGAAGGUCAUCAGGAUCGCCACGACGACAUGCAAGGCCGGCAGCAAGGGCGCAGGCGUGGGUUCCAGUAAGCCACCGCGCGGGACCACUGCCGCCGAUGAUGACGACGACGAAGUCGAGGAGGCGAGGCGGAGGAAACGGCCGGGGAAGAAGGCGCGCAUCGCGCAGAGGAUCAAGGAGAGGGCGAAGAAGCAGAAGCAGGAGGCGGCGAAGAAGCAACUUGUGGACAAGGAGGAGCAUCUCAAGGACAAGAAGAAGAGGCUCAACAGGCUCAAGAAGCUGCGGAGGCGGGCCAAGGAGAAGGAGAAGAAGCAGGGCGGCGGCGGCGGCGGGGCAGAGGGCGGCAGCGGGUCGGACUCAGAUGGCGGAUCUGAGUGA